AUUCUGAAUUGAAUAACAUUAUAAUGGCAACUAAAGUAGCUGUAGUAACUGGGGGAAACAAAGGUAUUGGUUUUGCUAUUGUUAAAGCACUCUGUCAAAAAUAUGAUGGGCAUGUCUAUCUAACAGCUCGUGAUGAACAGAGAGGAAAAAAUGCUAUAGUUGAACUUGAGAAACUGGGAUUACAACCAAAAUUUCAUCUACUAAAUAUUAGCAGCUUAGAGAGUAUUCGUCAAUUUCGUGACUACUUAAAACAGAAGUAUGAUGGUUUGGAUGUUCUUGUAAAUAAUGCUGCUAUUGCAUAUAAAGUAGCAUCUACAGCUCCUUUUGCUGAACAAGCAGAGAACACAGUGGGAGUAAAUUUUUUUGAUACUUUAAAUGUAUGUAAAGAAUUGUUUCCACUUUUGAGACCACAUGCCAGGGUUGUGAAUGUAUCCAGUUCAGCUGGAAUGUUAUCUAGAGUUGGUAGUGAAGAACUUCAGAAGAAAUUCUCUACUCCAAAUUUAACAAUAGAAGAACUAUGCUCAUUAAUGAAAAAAUUUGUUGAGGAUGCAAAGAAUGGUGUUCAUCAAGAAAAUGGUUGGGGAAAUUCUGCAUAUUGUGUAUCUAAAGUUGGGUUAUCUGCUUUAUCAUUCAUAUAUCAAAGACAAUUUGACAAAGAUGCUCGUCCUGAUCUAGUUAUUAAUCCUGUUCAUCCAGGAUAUGUUGAUACAGAUAUGUCAAGCCAUAAGGGUCCAUUAACUCCUGAUCAAGGUAUAAAAUAUUUUUAA